AUGCCAGCUCAAGCCCUCCUAAAACGCAACCCCAAAUUCACGGCCGAGCAAUUCUCGGAUGCGUGGUUAGAACAUGCCAGACUUGUUGUGCCGUUGUUUUUGUGGUGUGGCGUUGAGGUGUAUGUACAGACUCACGCUCCCCUAACCCUCGCCAAUCCCGCACAAGACCUGAAUAUCUCAGACUACGACGGCGCAGCAACAACGCAUCUCACGCCCUCCCUUCUCGCGCUCGUGACUAAAAAUGAGCAAGUGGGUAUACCCGGUUGGGUGAGGAGGUAUUAUGAAGAGGUGGUUUUGGUGGAUGAGCGAAGGGUGUUGGUUGGGGAGGCGAUGGGUCAUGUUAGGAUGGUUGAUGAGGGUGAGGGAGGGGAGGUUGUGAAGGGUGGGAAGAGGAUUGUUGUUAUUGAAAAGGGAGAGCUUGCUGAGGGGUUUGAGGGGGGUGGUGAUGUUUGGAAGAGGUAUGAACGGGAGGGGAAGGGCGAGGUAGAAGGGGAAAAGGAGGGUUGA